GAAGUGCCCGUUUCUCCCCCUGGGCUCAGCCCAGCCCUCGGCACAGGCAGCGCUGGGCAUCGGCGGAGAGCGUCCAAACCUCGUAGUCGCUUAUGGGAAAGCGCUUCCACAGAUGAAAACAUCUCCACUCCUCCUCCAGUGGCUCGGGCUCCCCAGGCUGGGCUGGCGCCAGGUUUGGCAGAACCAGCUCAUUUGUUCAGAGGGAAAAGUGCUGGAGCCUGAGCUUUCAGGGCUCAGGUCCUUUCUCGUUGGGGGGGAGACUGGAUCUGCCCGUGAGAAACCGCCCCACCGAUGAUAAAUGCUGCCUAUGAAAUGUUAAUGCUUAAUAGAGCCUUGCUGGAUGAGGCGUGCAUGGUAACGACACCUCCCAUCCCGGGGGAGUUAAGGGAGGCGGCGUCCGCCGAGGGUUUGCUCAGGCCGGUCGUUGCCGCAGGACCCCCGUCACUCACCCCGGCGCGAUCACGGCGCUGCGCCGGCCUGGGGAUUUGGUGGGGAGCGGCCAAUGAGCGGCCAAGCUGGCUCCAAAUCCAGCUUUUUGCAAAGCCCCAGAUAAAACAGGCUUCCAUUAAUAAGGCGAGAAAGGUUAGGACGAGAAGCAUUACAGCAAGUCUGGAGAGGUAAGGUGAUAGUUUUGUCUGGGGCUCGUAGAGCAUAUGGCCCCAGCCUUCGUACGGGAAACGCAAGCGCUCGGUUAGCCUCCAAGUGGGGCAUUAUUUGCGUGUCUGCAGAAGGAGAGGUUUAUUUGCUGAUGUUAAAAAAUGAGCUAGCAGGAGACACUUGAUAAUCAGGAAGCUAAACACAGAUUUUCUAUAUCUUCAUAGCUUGUGCGCUCGUUCCGGGUGAUAAAUAAGUUUCUUGGGAGUGAAGCUCUGAAAAAUCAUCAUAACCCACCGGCUAGUUUUAGGUUCUGGGUUUUGAAAUGGAGACUCGUGGUCGGAAACUGUCGAGGAGCUUUCCACUUUUGGAGCUAGGUUGUUACGGAGGAUCUAAUUUUCUGAUGACUGCUCUUUCUCACUGACCAAAUCCAGGUACAGAAAUGGAAAUAGAGCGAGUAAUCGAACUAAUUUAGUUAAAAUGAAGGAGAUGUAGAAAAGUAAAGCUUGAUAACGUAAAGCUGAACAUAAGAUGCGUCCGUUCUUUUUCGCCCUAAGCUUGAGAUCUGUCGCUGUACAGAAAUUGCGAGGAGCCUUUUACACUGUUUAUGGCCGCGUAGGCUGAAGCUUCUCCUAGACAGGGGUAAUCUCUUCUGCAAACCACCUUACAUCAGUGUGACACGUCUUCACCUCCAGCCCUGCCGUCCCCUGCUGUUCCUCCCUCUCCUUCCCCUUCCCGCCUGCCCCCGCUAAAAAAAAAAGAAAAGUGGCAGCUGUUGGAAAGUAGAGCCCGUUUGUUUUAUGGUGCCGCUUUGGGAACAUGAUCCAGGUCCUACAUGAGAGAGAGAAAGCAACCGAGCGAAAGAGAAGAGGGGGGAGUUUGGAAGCUCUGGAAAAUAACUUGCUUAUUUUAAGUCUAGUACAGAAAGUUAAAUCUUUAUAGCAAGGUUCAGGGAUAAAGCAGAAGUGCUACUAAAGGACCUGUCUUGGGAAUAAAGAGAUUGCGAGUUUAACUAAUUAGAUUUUGUUGGUUGUUUUGUACAAAAUUUCAAGUGCUUUGAAAUGCCUUUGAUUGUCCUCUAGCGAGAGGUGCCUGUGACCAGGGUAUUAAGAUCUGAAGACGUUUAUAUAGUAACACUGUGAUUCUUAUUGGGGUUUAUUUUAAUUAAUUUAGCACUUUAGGUAAAGAAACAAGGUUCUCUGUGGAAGGCACUUCGUUAUUCUGACUGCUGAUUUUCGUCAGUUACAGGGCACAAAGGACACAAAAGGAGAAGAAUAUGCUAAAACUGGUGGCAGCCAAACCCAUUCAUAGUUCUGUGCCUUGGGCUUCUGCCAGGCAAUUAAUGGAAACACAAACUAUUUAUUUUUGUUGUCAGGUCAAAAAAAAAUCCACUGCUCCUGUCAGCUCCUCUUAUUCCUAGAGGGAAACUCCUAGAAAAAUAUAAGAAAAAUCCAAUUGCUGUUCCAUAAAUGGAUGUAGUACAGCUGUCCAUGAAGGAGGUCGGGGACGGGCUGCACGAGCAGAUGAACUGCAUGAUGGGGGCACUGCAGGAGCUGAAACUCCUCCAGGUGCAGACCGCGCUGGAGCAGCUGGACAUCUCGGGGAGCCGAGGCGCCGGUCCCGGCGCCGAGCAGCACCAGUGCCGCCGAAGCAGCAGAGACGUGCCCGGGGCCUGGCGGGACGAGCGGCUGCGGGGGGAGGCGUUGGUGGAGGAGCACAGCCCUGCGUCCCUCGCGUGUGCCGUGCCACGGCCGGUGGGUCUGCCCCGUCCCGCUGCGCUCCCGGAGGGCAGCCGCCUUCGAGACACCCCCUCCUCCUUCAGGAGCCUCUGUGGUGAGGGUGUUUAUCACCCAAAAGGACCUUCCUCCGUGUCGAUCGGAGCAGAGCACGUCCGCCCAAAGACCUUCGAGCCCAGUACCCAGGGCACAGCGGGGGGGUGGCCGGCGUGCCGGGAGUGCCCGGGGUGUGACGAUGGCCAUGACUGGACAUCGUCCCUGAUGUCCCAGAGCAGGAAUCGGCAGCCACUGGUCCUGGGGGACAACAUCUUUGCAGACUUGGUUGGGAACUGGUUGGACCUGCCAGAGCUGGAUAAGAAGGGGGAGAAGAGCGAGGUGUCCCUGUCCGUGAGCAGAUCCCAGGAGCUCUGCAGGAAGUUCUCCCUCACAGCCAACAUCUUCAAGAAGUUCCUGAGGAGCGUUCGGCCAGACCGAGACAGGCUUCUCAAGGAGAAACCUUGCUGGCUUCCGCCUGAAGACAAACGGCCUGAGAUUUCCAAGAGGCCCAAAAAGAUGAACAAACUCAAGGGGACAUUUUACUUCCCACUUCAUGGGAACAUCCAGAACCAUCACAGCAAAGGGGAGAGGUGCCCGAAGGCAGAGAGCAACAGCGAGAAACCCAAAAUCGGCACCAAGAAAGUCCACGAUACCAUAGACUACACCCAGUCUGGGUUUGACAUCAAUACAGCUGUUUGGGUGUGAGUUUGUCAGCAUCCUCUGCUCUGCCAACCAUUGGUUUCACACCAGAGAGGAGCUGGAGGCCGUACAUGUCUUUUCAGGGGACCCUUGUGCUCUCAGCACGGACCGGGAUGAGAGGGGAGUCCUCUGCAAAACGGGCUGGGGGCUUCGGCCACCUGCGAGUGGCGUUUUCUGAGCUACGGCUUGAGGGGCAGUCGGAGCAGCAGCCGGCGCAGCCCCCUGCGGGGAGGCUUUUGGGGACUGAUAGUUGCAAAAAUAAUCUGAAUCUUUAGCAGCUUUAGGGCGAGCGGUGCCACAGCCGACCAGCUCCUGCAGCCUGCCUUCCGAUAGCCACCUCGGGCCCACGCCAUCAUCUCCAGUUAAAAUAGCUGCAGCACAAAAUCCACUGUGUGCAUGUGUGUGUAUGAGUGUGCAAAUAUAUAUAGGUUUUUUUUUUAAAAAAAAAUUCUAUUCCUGCUUGUGUGCACUUAAAACCGGGUUAUAAACCAGGCAAUUCAAGUGUUGUACCUGAAGCACUUGUUAUUUAAAUUGGAAGAAAUAAGUUUGAAUUUAUAAGACUUGAACAGUCGCUAAGCAGGGGUGUUGAAGCCCAGCUUUGCUGCAUUUCAGCUGUGGGGUUUUCCCCCUAAACUGCAUCUCCACUGCUCUCCCAGCAUCUCUCGUUCCCCUGCCAGUUAAACCAGUAGGACGCACGGCUCCUUCCAUGGAAGUUUGUGACCCUCAAGCUCUCAGCGGGUGUUGCUUCUCCCCCCGUGCCCUUCUCCCCACAGGUUGCACCAGAUAGAACAUUGCAAAAGUUUAUUGCUGAGGUUGCACCAAGAUAAUUGCAACAGAUGUUUAUUUUUGUUGUUUCCUAUUGCUGUUGUGUACAAACCUUGUCUUGACGGAACCAAGUUCUUCUGUGUCCGGCUCUCCAAGAGUUACCAAUAAAGUGGCAUCAGUCACCA